AUGAGAGCCCGUUCCGAAGUCAGCCGUCAGCGAUCAGCAGCAGCAACGGCAGCAACGGCAGCAGUGCAAGCGACAGUAACGCAGUGUCAAGGGCCGAGUGCGAUAGCGGGUGUGGGAGAGUGUGCGGCGGCGGAUGGCAGUGUUCGGUGGCGGCCGUUCGGCCGAAGGAGGACGAAGGUGUCGGCACGAGGUCGCGGCUGGCUGCCGUUCGGUGCGACGGUGCUGCUGGCAGCACUGCUCGGGCCACCGUUUGAUGUGCCACGUGGCCCGGAUUCGAGCGGCCGCGGUGGCGGCGGCGGCGGCGGCGGCGGCGGAGUCGUGAGUGGGAGCGAGUUCCCGGAGCGGGAAUGCUGCGAUCCCGUCUAUCCACCGAUGCCCGACCUGGACGGGCUUCCGGGUCCGGUGUACCCGACGACAACGAUUUCCACCUCCUCGUUCCAGACCGGUGGCGGUGGUGGUGCGGGGGCCGAAGCCGGCGGGGGCGAGCUGGGCGGCGGUAGCAGUAGCGGGGGCCUCUCCGGCGGCGGUGGCGGCGGAGGCCCAGGCGCCGGUAAUCAACUGUCAUCUUCGCGACCGAUGCACAUCGGUUACUCUG